AUGGCAGCUCCACUUAACCUCGAAGAAGGACCUGAUGAGUACAACAGAGUGUCAGCCUGUGAGUCUGCUGAGGAAAUUUGGGACUGCUUGAAGACUGCACAUGAAGGAACUGAACAAGAAGGAGAAACAAUACAUGACAUGUUCACCAAGUUGUCUUCUAUUACAAAUGAGCUGAGAAGUCUAGGUGAACCUAUAAGCAUGACCAAACAAGUCAGAAAAGUGCUUCGAAUUCUUCCAAAGUCUUUGGAGAGCAAGGUUGAUGCCAUUAUUGAAGCCAAGGAUCUGAAGUUGCUGAAUAUGGAUGCUUUGAUUGGUAAUCUGAAGACUCACGAGAUGAAUCGAAAUUACGAUUUAUCUAAGAAUGAAGCCAAGAAGGAAAAGUCAUUGAUGCUGAAGUACAAAUCAGAUGAAGAUUCCAGUGAUGAUGAUAUGUGUGGAAAAGCUGGGCACUUUAUCAGAGAGUGUCCUUUGCUCAAGAAUGAAAGAAAGGAACAUCAAAAACUAAGAAGUGACAAAGAGAAUAGAAGGGACCUAAUACUCAGUAAGAGAGAUCGAAAAGUUGUUGCAGAUUUGGUUGUCAAAAAGGCUCUUGCUGCAUGGGGUGAUUCAUCAAGUGAUCCAGAAGACCCUGAUGAGCCAAAAGAUGUGUCCAUGGUUACUGAACAUGAGGAGGAAACUGUCUUCAAUGAAAUGUUUGCUCUCAUGGCUCACACGGCAGAUGAAGAAGAGGACAAUCAGAUUACUGAAGAAGCUGAAAAAUUGAAUGGAAUGUCUAAUGGUUUGCAAGCUCAAAUUCAAGAGAAACUGAAAAUGUCUGAGAAAAAACUUGGUGUAUCGCUUGAAAAGAGUAACAAAUUAGAACAGGAUAUUGUGAGUGAGAGGAGCAGCAGUCAAUGUUUGUAUAUGGACAGUGGAUACUCUAAGCAUAUGACUGGUGAUGUAAAUAAGUUCCUCUCACUCAAGACACUCCAAGGAGGAGGUGUCUCUUUUGAUGAUGGUAAGAAGGGGUACAUUUUGGGAGUUGGCAAACUAGGGAGAUCUCUUGAAGAUUCAAUUGGCAAUGUGUAUCAUUUGGAUGAGUUGAAGUACAGCUUGUUGAGUGAGUCACAAAUCUGUGACAAAGGAAAUGAGGUCAAAUUUACUUCUGAGAAAUGCACUCUGGUGAGUCUAACUACAAACAAGGUAAUUCUCACUGCACACAGAAGUAAAAAUAUGUAUGUGGCAAACUUGGAAACGUCUCAUGGAGAUGACCUGACAUGUCUUAGUGCUCAGAAUGAGAAUGCUGAUCUCUGGCAUCGUAGGCUAGGGCAUGCUAAAACUGUUAACACAGCAUGUCAUGUUACCAACAGGUGUCUAAUAAGAGUUGUUUUGAAUAAGACCCCAUAUGAGCUGCUUAACAACAGAAAGCCAAUGCUGAGUUACCAUAGAGCAUUUGGAUGCAGAUGCAAAGCUUAA